AUGCACAAAUUCUUCAAAUCCACCUGGCUCGACUUCGAAGUCAUCCGGAUCCUGGGCACAGCCCCCAACGGCGGGGCCGAGAUCUGCGAGGUGCUGGAGGCCGUGGGCAGCAUCACAGAAGGCGACGCCGAAUCUUGGUACCAAGCCUGGCACGCCCAGGCAGCACGCGCCGAAGCCACUGGCCUACGGUGUCUGCAGUGCAAGCAUCGCGAACUCGCGCGCCGGGCCUUCCUCCGCGCCGCCAACUACACCCGGGCCAGCGGCUACAUGCUCACGGGACCGACCCCCUCGCAGCAAGACCCGCGCGGGCUGCCAAUCGCCGAAAAAGCAAUCCAGCUCUUCCGCCGCGGCGUGCAGCUCUCUCGCGCCCCGGUCGAAUUCCUCGAAAUCCCUUACCCCGGCGGUGUCCACCUGCAAGGCUACCUCUACCUGCCCCCCGCCACGCGACGCCCCGGGGUCCCCCCAAAAACUCCCAUCCUCCUCAACUGCGGCGGCGCCGACUCCACGCAAGAGGAGCUGUACUUCCUCCACCCCUGCGCCGCGACGGAGCACGGGUACGCCUGUCUCACCUUCGACGGACCGGGCCAAGGCAUGGCGCUGCGCCGGCACGGGCUCGUCCUGCGCCCGGACUGGGAGUCCGUGACGCGCCACGUGCUGGACCAUCUCACCACGCUGGCGGCGGCGCGGCCGGCGUGGAAUCUGGAUCUCGAUCGCAUCGCCGUCUCCGGGUCGGCGUUGGGCGGGUACUUCGCGCUGCGGGUGGCGUCGGACCCGCGCAUCAAGGCCUGCGUGGCCCUGGACCCGGUGCACGACAUGUGGGACUUUGGUACCCAGCAUGUUUCGCGGGCGUUUAUGAAAGCCUGGACCGAUGGCUGGGUGUCGAAUGCGACGGUGGAUGCGAUGAUUGGCUUCGCCGCGCGGCGCUCCUUUCAGAUGCACUGGGAGGUUUCGCUCGCCGGGGCGAUUUGGCAGCUCGAUCGUCCCACGGAUAUUCUCUUGCGGAUGAAGCAGUUCACGCUGAAGGGCGGGGAGGGCGAGGGUGGGGGGUUUCUGGCGCGCGUGCAUUGUCCGACUCUGGUCUCUGGGGCGGCGGAUUUCCUCUAUCUGGAUGUCGAUAGCCAUACGAUGAUGGUGUGGCGGGGCCUGCAGCAUCUGCCGGAGAAGGACCGGACGCUGUGGAUGGCGGAGACGCCCGCCGAUGGGGCUUUGCAGGCGAAGAUUGGGGCGUUUGGGUUGAGUAACGAGUACACGUUCGCGUUCCUGGAUGAGAAGUUGGGGAUGGUGAGGGAUGCGCUGGAAGCGGAGGCAGAGGUAGAGUCUUGUUGA